CAUUUUCCUUGCAACUUUUUUUUAAUAAAAUAAUGGCUCAACAAGCAAAGCAAGCAGCUCAAAAGUUAGGAGGCAUGUUCCCUCAAGGCUCUGGUAAGGGUAUUGGUGGUGCUGUUGGUGCCCUUGCUGUUCUUGGUGGUUUGGGCUACGGUGUAAACGCUUCUCUUUUCAACGUUGAUGGUGGUCACAGAGCCAUUAAAUAUACUCGUCUUUUUGGUGUUCAAGAUACUGUUUACAACGAAGGUACUCACUUUAUGAUUCCUUGGUUCGAAACCCCUAUCAUUUAUGAUGUUCGUGCAAAGCCUCGCAAUGUUGCUUCUUUGACUGGUACCAAAGAUUUGCAAAUGGUUAACAUCACUUGUCGUGUUCUCUCAAAGCCCCGUGUUGAUCAACUUGCUACUGUUUACCGUACUCUUGGCCAAGAUUAUGAUGAACGUAUCUUGCCUUCUGUUGUUAAUGAGGUCUUAAAGUCUGUUGUUGCCCAAUUCACUGCUUCUCAAUUGAUUACACAACGUGAGCGUGUCUCUCGUCUUGUCCGUGAAAAUUUGGUUCGUCGUGCCUUACGUUUCAACAUUAUUUUGGAUGAUGUCUCCAUCACCCAUGUUGGUUUCUCACCUGUCUUUGAAGGUGCUGUUGAAGCUAAGCAAAUUGCUCAACAAGAAGCUCAACGUGCUGCUUUCGUUGUUGACAGAGCUCGUCAAGAAAAGCAAUCUAUCAUUGUUCGUGCUCAAGGUGAAGCUAAAUCUGCUGAAUUGAUUGGUGAAGCCAUUGAAAACAAGCCUGGUUUCUUGGAAUUGAAGCGUAUUGAAGCUGCUCGUGAAAUUGCUGGUGUCAUUGCUAGAUCUGGAAACAAGGUUAUGCUUGAUUCUGACACUUUGUUACUCAAUGUUAACACACCAAAGCAAAAGGAUGUCAACUAAAUAUAUAUAUAAAUAUAUAUAUAUAUACUGUAUAAAAGAGAGAAGUGUAAUAAAAAAAAAGAAAAAGAAAAAUAGAAUCCUCAAAGCGUAACAUGGCACAAAAGCGAAG